UGCAGCCUCCCAGCCUUGAUGACAGAUAUUUACAUGCCUGAGUGAACAUGAAGCUGAACGAGCGGAGCUUGGCCUUCUAUGCCACCUGCGAUGCCCCGGCGGACAACGCCGGCUUCCUCUACAAGAAGGGCGAGAGGAACACGGCCUACCACCGCCGCUGGUUUGUGCUGAGGGGAAACAUGCUCUUCUACUUUGAGGACCGGGAGAGCCGGGAGCCGGUGGGGGUGGUCAUCCUGGAGGGCUGCACAGUGGAGCUGUGCGAGUCCACGGAAGAGUUCGCCUUCGCCAUCCGCUUUGACUGCGCCAAGUCCCGCACCUACGUCCUGGCGGCGGAGAGCCAGGCCGCCAUGGAGCGCUGGGUCAAGGCCCUCUCUCGCGCCAGCUUUGGCUACCUGCGGCUGCUGGUGAGGGAGCUGGAGAAACAGCUGGAGGAAAUGCAGAAGGCCUCUUCCGGCUGCCACCGGGUCCAGCGGAGGGCGCCGCUUUACCGGAAGAACAAAAUGGCGCUGAAUUCACAGGACUUGCUCCCGGAGAAGCCGCCUGUCCCGAUUUGCAUCCCGGCAAAAGAAAAUGGCUGCGCCCUCUGGUACAACUCCGAAGGCCCAACCAGCCUGCCGGCGGGGUACCCCCAAGCCAACUCCUGGGGCACCAGGACCUGUGGGGAGGACAGCUUUGAUGGGGGUCUGAAGCCCCCACCGCUGCCUCCUCGAAGGAGGGCUCUCUCGGGCAAUUCCUGUAGUUCAGAGGGCCCUGGCAGCCCAAGCUGCUUUUCCAGACUCCAUGACUCGUACAGAAGGGAAGUCCUGGAGCUGAGAAGGGCAUGGCUGGAGGGACAAAAGGAUGGAGGGCUCUGAGGAUCUCCUUGGCAGCGGGGGCACCUUGGGAGAGGCCAAUGAAUGGAGACCUUGGCUGCUGUAGAUAACACUCAGCUCCUGGAAACCCUGCGCUCUGCCUGCCGUUGCGCCAGCUCAAAUUUUCCCAUUGCCUUUAAAACCUGGGCCAGUUGCUUUUCCACUCCUGUUCCCCCUCCACACAGUUCCUGGAAAAGACUUGCCAUCCUUUUGCACCUAGAAAGCUUCAGCUUGUUAAUGA